CAGAAUUUCAAAGCGAAAAUAUUUAACAAAUCCUAUAAAAAAUUAUUUGAAAAAUAAUAAAAAAACUUGCUUUAUUAAAUAGAAAUAUAUUUUUACCAAUUAACUAUUGUCGUUAUGGCGUUGAGACCAGAUCAAGGAAUAUAUUGCAGAAGUUAUCAUAAGAAGUAUAAACUUUACAUUGAAAGAUUUGUGACUCACGUUGGUUUACGAAUUAAAAUUAGUGAAAAGAUAAAUCAAACAUCAAAUUUAAAUAAUACUACUGAUAUAGAGAAAGCUUUCGAGCCAAACAAGUAUAGGGAAUUAAUGUGUAAUUAUCAAUAUACAAUAAGUGUUCUCAAUUACAAAUACACUAUAAUACUAAAAAAAUUCCUUGAUUAUAUAGCUAUUAUUAUGUGUAAAUGUCAGCAAUUUCAUGAAAGAAACUUAUCGGAAAAUUUUAUUCAUUGUGUAAUAGUACUCGAAGAACAAGUGAAACAAUCCAAGACAAUGUUCGAAAAUUUACACAAUGCCAUGAAGUUUAUAAGCUAUAUAGAUAUAAGAUUUUUGUUUUUUGAAAACAUGGUGUUACAUCCUAUAAUUGACGAAAUCGACUUUAUAUAUCAAUUUGUCUUAGAAAUAAGUUUAGAGACCAGGUCUUUUGAUCUCAAUAAAUCACCAAAUCAAGAAUCUGAAAUAAAAUUUGAGAAUUUUAUUAAAUUUUAUACAGAUGCAUCUAACAGAGUAAAUAAUAUUUCUCAUAAUUAUAAUGUCAACAACACUUUUAUAAUAACGAAUUGGACAACAAUUAAUAUAGCGGAAUGGCAUAAUGAAAAUAACUUUGAUAUUUUAUAUUCAACAAGUAGUACACUUAAUAAGUUUUACAACGAAACUAUAGAAAUUUGGUACAAAAAUCUAGUCUUUGAACGAUUUCUUAACCCCACAUCAUUGAAAUGUAUACCUCCAAAAGAUAAAACAAUAAAUCAAAAUGAUGGAAUUGAAGCUCUUACGAUUCUUCUUCAGGAGUCUGGGUGGGAAUCAAUGAACCACAUAAGUAUAAUUUAUUGUAGUAAACUAUUCGACGUAGAUCAUAUAAUAAAAGACCCAAUUAGUGAAAUAAAUUUUCAAAUAAAAAAAGAACAUGUGUCACAACUACUAAGAUGUAGAUAUGGAGAAGUAAUUAAAAAUUAUUAUACAUUAUUAUCUGCUAUUUUUUAUUUAUGCAUUAAAGAUGCAUCUACCUACUAUCACAAUUGUUUGAUUCAAUUGUUUAAUUCAUUUAACAAAUCUCAAAAAAUGCUGCAAGGAUUGUAUGAAGCUUUAAUUAUUCUAAAUAAAUCAUCAAUAUGGAGUGUUAAUUUUAGCUCUAAAUCGAGUUUAAAGAUCAUAUCAAAGUGUAUUGAGUAUAUUAUCAAUUCAUUUAUGAUCAAUAAGUUUUCUCAAAAUAAUUUUAUUGAUAAAAACGAUAACGAAAAAUUUGUAAUGGUUGAAAGUUUUCUAAAAACAUUUGAAAAUUUUCUUCAAGAAUUUUAUUUAUACUUACAUAGAGAAAAGAAACUAAUGUAUACCCGUUGUUAUAUAAACAAACCUUAUUAUAGAAAAUUAAAAAAAAUUAAAGAAUUUAAGAAUAUUGUAUCUACAUUAAAAAAUUCAAUAAAUACAUCAAAGAAUCAAAAUCUUGAAUAUCAUAUGCAAAUGAUUCAUAAUGCAUGUAAUUAUUUUGACAAUUUUUGUGAAGAUGUUUACAUAUCUUGUUAUAAAAAUCUGGGCUUUAGAAAAGUUUCAGACUGUCAAAACAUAAAGUUAGACGAUAAACUUGAAUUUACUGAAGAUUUAUCUACUUAGCUUUUAUUGUAUAGUAAUGGCUAAGUAUCAAAAAUUAAAAAGUAAAUUUUAUAAAUAUUAUUGUUUUAUUAUUGUUUAUUAUUUAUUUUAGAUUUCACAUGUACAAUUAA